UCCAACCUGAAAAUUUUCUCCCUUUUUUUCUGUCUCAUUUGAUAUUUCUCCAAUGUUUUCUUGGAUGAAAAGCGAACAGGGAGGCGCCAUGGUGGCUGAUCCUUCUGGCUUUCACCGGCCCAGAUUCGGAGCUCUGUUGCACUCCGAUCGGACGUCCUUUUGCUCCAGCAACUACGACGGCGAGGAUUCAACUUCGAGCCCGAUGAACUACGCCGACAGCACCACCACGAGCAACGCCAGUUCUCCUUACUUGAUGUCUCCGUGGAAUCCGGUGGCCUCGCCGUACAAUAAAUCUCCCUGGUUGUUGUCGUCGCCGAUACAUGAUAAUACCUACGGCGACGGUAACGACGGGCACCAGCAAAAUAGCCUCAUCAAGUCACUCGUCCGCGAGGAGGGUAACAUAUAUUCUCUGGCGGUAUCUGCGGAUUUUUUAUACACGGGAACCGAUAGCAAAAACAUCAGAGUCUGGAAGAAUCUCAGGAGCCAUGGGGGCUUCAAAUCGAGCAGUGGAUUAGUGAAAGCCAUUGUUAUCUCCGGCGACAAAAUCUUCACCGGCCACCAAGACGGUAAAAUCAGAGUUUGGAAGAGUUCGCAGAAAUUCUCUGGCUAUCAUAAACGCAUUGGAACCUUGCCCACCUUCAAGGACUAUGUCAAAAACUCGACGAAUCCGAAGAACUACGUGAAAAUCCGGAGGCACAAAAAAACGCUGAGAAUCAAACAUUUCGACGCUAUUUCGAGCAUGACUUUGGACGAAAACCAAGAGUUCUUAUACUCGUGUUCGUGGGAUAAAACCUUGAAAGUGUGGCGAUUGUCGGAUUUCAAAUGCUUGGAAUCUAUCCAGGCACAUGAUGACGCUGUGAACUCGGUGGUGGCAGGGUUCCAGUGCUUCGUCUUCACCGGUUCGGCGGACGGGACGGUGAAGAUGUGGAGGAGAGAGACGACGUGGGAGGGGAAGACGAGGCACGUCCUCGAUCGGAUUCUGUUGAAGCAGGAUAACGCCGUAACAGCUUUGGCGGUGAACAGCUGGUCGACGGUUUUAUAUUGCGGCUCAUCGGAUGGGGUGGUUAACCUUUGGGAACGGUUUCCUAAGAACAACCUGAGGCACGGCGGUAUGCUGAGAGGCCACAAGCUGGCGGUGCUGUGCUUAGCCGCCGGGAAGAACCUGGUGUUCAGCGGGUCGGCGGAUAAGAACGUUUGCGUGUGGAAAAGGGAGGUGAACGGGUCCCACACUUGCCUUUCGGUUCUGACGGGUCACACCGGACCCGUAAAAUGCAUAGCUGCAGAACAAGAUCAAGAACAAGAAGAAAUUUACAAACAGCACAGGUGGACGGUUUACACGGGGAGCUUGGACAAGUCCGUGAAGGUGUGGCGCGUGUACUCACGCUCCGGAGACACCAGGCGUGGGAAGUAACACGCACGCUCGGAAGAUCCCAACAGCGGAGAAAGGGAGCUUUCCACCGCCUGUAAUAGGCGGAAGGAAGGGGAACGAAAGCAGGAUGCGUUCGUGUGUGUGAAAAUGGAUGAGGAGGAUGACGAAUAGUGACGCUCGUCGAAUGGCGGUGGCGAGCACGCGGGAAUCUAGAUGGGGCGGUGUGGUGGGUAAGUGGGCCUCAAGUGAAAAUUUCGUGGGCUGUGACUGGGAGGAAACGAGGCAAGUUACACCCAGCAACAUUAAUGGGAAAAGGACUAAUAGGAACCUGACACGUAGGAGACACCGUAAAGAAAAACACAUUAGAGACACGCACACGCUGGCGUGACGCAGAAGAAUGACAUUUUGUAGGGUUUCAAAGUUCUGGGUUUAGAGAAGA